CUUGGGUCAGAUUUCACGAAUAUCUAACUGUUAGAUCCACUUGAAGUUAGACUGACGUGUACUUUGUGCAUGAAAUCAAGUGAAGUAGACUUCUGGGAGGUAGCAAUCAAGGAGAAAACUGCGCAUAGAUCUACAGCUCGACCUCAAAUUCAAAACGAAUCACAAUGCAGAGCCGAGUUGAAAUUGAGUUUGUUGCUUUCUGCCGCGGCUGAUUAAGCUCUAUAAUCCAAGAUGUUUAGACCAAGAAGAAGAGGAAUGCAACGACAGCAAGGUCUGGGACUCCUGCUGCUCCUUCAUCAGCUAUAUCGGGUCGGAUUCGACAGAAUUCCUCCCGUAACCCUGGCGACAAUUGUUGCCAAUGUUCUCAUUUAUCUGCGCGUCCUCAACCCAUACAUCAAGACUGUCAUCAGAUCUCCAUCCAUCCAGAACAUCUGCGUAAGCUCCGCCCACGUCUGGUACAAGGGGGAUUGGCCCCGCCUCUUUCUCGCGGCGUGGUUCCAUCUGGACGACUUCCAUCUCUAUUUCAACAUGGUGUCGUUAGUCUGGAAGGGUAUCAGCUUGGAGAGGAAGUUUGGCUCCCCGUACUUUGCGUACCUCAUCGUUGUAUUCUGUUUCCUCACCAACGGUCUGCUGGUGGCUCUCAACGUGGGGUUGGCGGAACUUCUGGAGGAUAGCUCCCACAUCGUCUCCUGUGCUGCGGGCUUCUCGGGGGUGCUCUUUGCUCUGAAAGUCCUCACGACCACCUACACUCCUGUCCAGAACCAAAGGAUCAUGGGAUUGUUCAGCGUGCCGUCUCGCUGGGCAUGCUGGGUAGAGUUGGUCUUAAUCCAGCUCAUUGUUCCGAGGGCCUCCUUCACCGGUCAUCUGGCGGGUAUUCUGGUCGGUCUGGCGUAUGUGAAAGGCCCCCUCAAGCUUCUCAUGGAUGCCCUGUGGAAUCUGUUCACAACAGUCUUAUCCGGUAACCCAGCCCAAGGAGCACGGUACCAGCCUAGGGCGGACACUACCGGUUUCAGGGAAGGUGGCCCACCCCCGAGAACAAACCAAGCCUAUGCAGGGCGUGGCUAUGCAACAGGAUCGGGGGCAGGUACAGCCCAAUCCAGGCCACGCCCUUCUGACUACCCCCAUAACACCGGCAUGGGUUCAACCUCUGGGGGUGCAAGUACAUCAGCACCCACGUUACCUAAUUACCAUGCGGAUGAUUAUACCGGUGGUCUAAGCGAAGAGGAGCAGAUAAGGGCUGCCACGAGGCAGAGUAUGAAUAACGACUCGGGUCACUCCAAUCGUCGCCGGGGAGACAGACCAAUGCCCUCUGCCCCCUCCUACUCUGGAAACGACGACACGCCACACCUCUAUCCCGAUCUGUCCAGAGAGAGGGGUGCCCCGCCCCAACCCUACCCCCAGAAUGGGGCGCAUCCUUCAGGCAUUUCAGCUGAGGAGCUCAGGAGACGUAGACUAGCCAAUCUCGACAGAUGAGAACAGGGCCCCAUUUCACAAAACUUGUCAUCAGUGACAAAUUACAAUUUUUGUUAUAAGCUACUGAAAUCCUUGCUUCUGAUUGGUUAUCAGUGGAUUUGUCACUGAUUUUUGUCAUUUGUCAAUGAAAAAAGGCUUUGUGAAACGGGUCCCUGAUAGGCCUUUUAAGUAACAAGAGUAUCAGGAUCUCAGUUUCCAUGCAGGCUUU